AUGUUCAGACAAGCUUUACGUCAAGUUGCUAAGCAAUCCACCGUUGUUAGAAGAACCUAUGCCACUGAAGCUGUUGCCUCUGAUGCAUUAAAGUUAUCCUUGGCCUUACCUCAUCAAACCUUGUACAGUGAUUCCGAAGUUGAACAAGUCAAUUUACCAUCCGUCAAUGGUGACUUGGGUAUCUUAGCCAACCACAUUCCAAUUGUCGAACAAUUAAGACCAGGAUUGUUGGAAAUCAUCUCCAAGACCGGUGAAACUGAACAAUAUUUCGUCUCUGGUGGGAUCGCUACUGUUCAACCAGGUAACAAAUUGACCAUUUCUGCCAUUGAAGCCUUCAAGCCAGAACAAAUCGACACCCACGCCGUCAAAAACUUGAUUGCCGACGCCCAAAAGAGAGCCGAAUCCUCUGACGAAGUCGUUGCUGCUGAAGCCACCAUUGAAUUGGAAGUUUUGGAAGCCUUGUCCCAUGUCGCUAAAUAA